AAAAUAGUCAAAGACUCCAAACCGGUCGGAUCGGCCACAUAAGCGACCGGUUAAGCUAUCCACAUAUUUCAAAUUCGAGCUUUUCUAAUUUCUUCCAAAGUCUAGGGUUUUGUUGCCGAAAAACUAUCCCCAAUUGCCCUUCUUCUUCAUUCUCUCUCUUAAUCUCUCGUCUCGGUUCUCGCUCCCCAAUGGAAAAUAAGCUAGCACGAGCAGAUGAUGGCAGCCGCUGGCCCGUUGUGAGGUACAUUGAUCAGCUCUCAAGAUCCCUCUAUGUGGAGUACAAGAAGAAGGGAAUAGAUGUCCAGUGCCAGGUACCAAUGUACGUAGCAACAAAGAUGUCAACAAUCACAAAAUCAUCCUUCUUUGUGCCUUCACCUGAUACUUACGCACGUCAUGCCCUGAGCUGGAUUGGGCACGAGCCGAGAUGCACUCCCUAUUGGCCUCACUCUGUAUUAUGGCAUUUUCUCUCUUUGCUGCCAGAGUUUGUACUUAAUUAUUGGCGUCUAAGCUACUGCCUUGAUAUAAGAAAGAAGGAGCAUAUGCAAGAGCAAUAAUGGUGACAGGCAAGCUAAUUCCUACGUUCAAUGUAUUAGAGACCAAGUUGUCUUCUCUCUAAGUUGUUACAAAGGGCUAGUUGCGAGUACGCUCCCGUAAGGUCAAUUUAAAGCCCGUCUUGCAUUGUAUCAAAACUCUGAAGUUAUGACGAUGAUUGGCGGCUAUAAUUUCAUCUUUGGCCUUACUUGAAAACAAGUUUUAUACCGGUUGUUCUACUGCUACAGAUCGACGAUCGUGGUUGUUAAGCUAUUAUGUAUUGAGCACAACUUUCUAUAUAUUUGAGUCCAUCAACUCAUGAAAUGUCAAACAGAAAGGUUCCUUGGAAUCUAUGAAGGAAGCUUACUUAAAUAAGUGCCGUACUAUAGAGUACACUUAACAUGUUAUUAGGGAAGUGGAAAAGAAACAGAAGUUAGUAUGGAGCAUUAUGAAGUUUGCUUGCCACAUGCUCUCAGGUUCAUGAACCAAAUC